AUGGGCUCACCUCUUAACCAUGAUCAAAUGCUUGCAAUUAUAUUGUACACAGAUACAAUGGUUUACGCUGAUCUACGUUGGGAUGAGAUACUUUACUGUCAACAAAAUCCAUUCCUACCAGACGAUAAUUGGCAUCACCAAAAAUGGCCGAUAUUUGGUGCGAUAUUGGACUCAGCUAUUCGGCUGUUAGAUAAACAUGAUGAAAGCGAAAAUCGUCCUCCAACAGUAUAUCAUGGUUUAAGAGAUAUCAAAAUGGAUCAAUCCAUAUUUAACAAUCAUGGUAGAGAUAAAAGUGAUCAGCACUUCAAGUAUGGUACAUUUGUGAGUACAUCGUGGGAUAAAGAAGUAUCACUUAGUUUUAUUGGUGGAACAGGGUGUUUAUUAGUAAUCGAUACAAGUGAAAUACCCGAUAGUGGUCAACGAUUGGUUGGUGCUGAUGUAUCAUGGAUAUCCUCAUAA